AUGACGAGUGCAGGGCAGGACUUGGUGUUGGGCGUGGCCGCCGGGGCAGCCGAGGUCUGCUUGAUGCAGCCAACGCUGUACCUGAAAAAUGCCUCGCAACAGGGCCUCCCCUUUACCAUGGACCCUCGCUACCUGUACCGCGGGCUCGGCGCCUCGGUCCUGGAUAUGGCCGUCCUCACUGGCUUGCAGUUCCCAUUGACCAAGAUCAUGUCGUCCAUUGUUACCGGUGGUGCGUCUCGCAAGUUGACGGGUUCGGAGAUGGUGGCCAGCGGCUUUCUUGGCGGCCUGGUGUCCGGCGUCGUCUGCACGCCCAUGGAGCUGGUCAUGAUCCAACAACAACGCUUUGGCCAAUCACUGCUCACCACGCCCGUCACCAUUGUACAGCGCUACGGUCUUGGUGGUUUGAUGCGCGGCCUUGCGCCCUCGUGCUUGCGUGAGGGCAUCUUCGUUGCCGGCUACCUCGGCCUCGGCCCAGCUCUGUCGCGGCACUUUGAGGAUACGGGCCACACCCGCAACCAGGCCAAGAUCUACAGCGCCGUCAUUGCCGGCGUGGUCUCGGCCACCCUCAGCCACCCGAUCGACACGGUGAAGACUUGCAUGCAGGGAGACAUUGAGCAGAAACGCUACGGCUCGGUGAUGCAAACCACCCAAACCGUGGCCGGCGAUGGCGUCAAGGCCUUUUUCCGAGGCUGGAACUGGCGUGCCGGCCGUAACAUUUGCUCCGUCUUCAUCAUCAACGAAGUCAAGGAUGUCCUUGCUCCCCUGCUCUUCGGUCACCAGGAGGACGAGGAUUGA